GAUGGUGGAUGAAAAAGAAAGAUCAUUAAACUCACUGGAGGAGCAUCUAGCAGAGGAGUCAAAGGAGUCUCCUGUGGUCCUGGAUGAAGUUAAUGGGGCAGAGUCUACCAGCUCCUCCUCAUCUGAGCAAGGUGAACCCAUAAACGAUGAAAUGGGCUCCCCGACAGCUGAGUAUGAGGACAGCGUGGAGGAUGGCAUGCUCAUGGCUUUCAGUUUGUCCUCCAGUAAAACCAACGAACCCGAGGAAAUCAUUGACUACAGCCUUCGGACAGAGGACAGAGACAACAGCUCUGCUGCAGAGGCCAAGGUGGCAGAUCCAGGCCAACCUGAGAUUGCCCUUUUUGUCAGGGCGGGGAGCGACGGAGAGAGCAUCGGCAAUUGCCCCUUCUCUCAGAGACUCUUCAUGAUCCUCUGGCUCAAGGGGGUUGUCUUCAAUGUCACUACCGUGGACCUAAAGAGGAAACCUGCGGACCUCCACAACCUGGCCCCGGGCACCCAUCCCCCGUUCCUCACCUUCGAUGGCGAAGUUAAGACCGACAUUAACAAGAUCGAGGAGUUUCUGGAGGAAGUGCUGGCGCCUCCAAAGUACCCCAAACUCGCUGCGAAGAACAGGGAAUCCAACACAGCAGGGAAUGACAUUUUUGCCAAGUUCUCGGCAUAUAUUAAAAACACAAAACCAGAGGCCAACGCAGGUCUUGAGAGGGGUCUGGUGAAGGCCCUGAAGAAACUGGACAGCUACCUAAACACUCCGCUCCCAGACGAGAUUGACGCAGACAGCAUGGAAGAUGAGAAGACCUCGAACCGCAAGUUCUUGGACGGCGAUGAACUGACUCUGGCUGACUGCAACCUCCUGCCAAAGUUACACAUAGUCAAGGUUGUUGCGAAGAAGUACCGUGACUUCGAGAUCCCGGCAGAUCUGAGCGGGGUGUGGAGGUACCUGAAGAAUGCCUAUGCCAGAGAUGAGUUCACCAACACCUGUGCGGCCGACAAGGAGAUCGAGCUUGCCUACAUGGAUGUGGCCAAGAGGCUCGCGAAGUGAGGGGUCCCGGAGCUCCCCUCCCCACCAGCCGGAGUCACCCUGACACGUGGUGUGCUGUUGCCAUUUCCCACUUUCCCUCCAAGCUUUGGUCAGUGUCAGAGCUCAACCUGGCCGGGACACACCUUGCGGCUGAGGUCCUGCCAGCCACAUCCUUUGCCCUGUGUCUAACAAUUCUCAUUUGUUUUAUUGUAUUGUGAAUGCUAAGGUAGGCCCAGGGUACCUUUCGCACAGUAGCAUUCGAACGGGUGACAUGAUCAGUUGCCUGCAGUAUAUUUUCUUUUGCAAGCGUUCGCGUCGUAACGGCUGGGUCGAGGCAGUUUGUCUUGAGAUGACUGAACAUACUCUCUCAGAAAAGUAAAUCAAUCACAUAUUUGUGAUUGUGAGCUGUGUUGCAUGACGCAAACAUUAAAUUAAUUAAACGCUGCAGCUGUUAUAUUGUCAUUGAUUUAGUCUUGCUUUUGAAUGAAAUGCAUAGAAUUCUAUAAAUAUUCUAUUUAUAUACGGAACAAAUCUCUUCAUUUUUUGCACAAAUGAAUUUAUUAUGAUUGUAAUAAUUUGUAUUCUGUGUGAUAGCUCUCUAUAUAUAUUUUUGCAUUGUUCAGUUAAUGCCAGAAGUGGUCAAAAGAUGCAGUUAAUUGUCUUAAUUAUGUUGCCUUCAUUUUCUAUCUGAACAUGUCAUAUUAAUCAGAACAACUUAAACACUCCUACAGAUCCUUUCUUUGCAGUAUGCAUGGAAUUCCUCACAUAACAUCUGUUGAUGCUAUAUUAUUUUAACAUCAUUAUUUACAGACAGCAAUGUAUCAUGUCAUUUAUUACAGGCAAUUACUAACAUGGCAGAUAAUCUACAGUAAUUAAAAUUUCUAUAUUUUUCUGCUGAAAUUUGGAUCAAGCAAAAUUGCUUGCUAAAUUAACUCAAUCGCUAUGGACAAAUAUAAUUUUCGGAAGGGAAGUCCACUUUAUUCCAGUAUCAGACCAAGAGAAAAAGCAGGAGCGGAAGAGUAAUUAUACAAGGAGAGAAACUGAAUUGCCAUUAAAUUAACCUCAUAAAUCGUUACUGAACAUACUACUGAUACAACUAUUUUUGGAGGGUAUCGAGUAAUAAAUCAGAAGAAAUCCCACUCGUUCACACUUGCCUUUUCUAGUGUCAAAGGUUUGGCAGCCAUGUAGAGGACCUGAGGUUUAUGAAACACCAAAGUACAUCACGAGUUCUGUGAAUCACCACGGUGAAUCUCUUAAAACCACAACUCAUAAAAGCGUCCGUUCUGCAGAGCCCUGCGCUGUUUCAUGAUAGACUUUCAGGAACAUGGGCUCCUCUGUGGUUCCUACAAAUGUUUUUGUUUGAAAUUAGAUCGCUAACACUAUAUGAUCACUAUGAUAAAGCUUGACAAGUCCUCACAGAGUGCACUGACUGCGACGAAAAAUAAAUGAUAUUUUCACAAA